AUGUCCACCUCCACCCCUCAACAACCCAACCGCCAACCACUCCCCUCCACCCCACCCCCAUGGCGCGCCCCCUUUCUCUCCCACCUAACCUCCCUCCCUCCCUCCUCUCGCACCUUCGUUCUCUCCACCCUCCACCCCCUUCCCCCCUCCUUAUCCUCCACCUCGACCCCAACCCCCGUCUCCUCCACCAUCCCCGUCCUCCCCCGCGCCCGCACCUGCGUAUGCCGCAGUCUCUGGGCCCAACUCGACGCUAACCCGCACAACCCCGCCGCCUUGAACCCUCCCGUGUUCGAAAGCGACAUGAUCGCCUUCACCACGGACGCCCGCAUGGAAAAAGCCGCUGAGAUCGUCGACACGGCCUCGGAAGAGCGGAUCGAAGCCGGGGGGGAGAUGACGGGCGGCGGAGGGCCCGUUGAAGUCGUAUUUUGGAUCGAGUCCGCCAAGGACCCGGAAACUGGAGAAGAAAGAAAAGUGAUGACGCAGUGGCGGAUUCGAGGAUCGGCGUGGCUUUUGGGGCCGGACGUGGACAGUGAAGGGGCGAAGAAGGUGCGGGAGGUGUUGAGGCAACGGAUGCGCAGACUGGAGGGCAAGACACAAGAGGAUGAAGAGCAAUGGAGCUGGAGUAGGGAGGUUACGGCGCAUUUUGGAAAUUUGAAUCCGGUCAUGAGGGGGACGUUUCGCGGACCGCCGCCGGGACAGCCGGUGGCGUUCCCCCCUGGAAAAGGGGAGGGGUUGGGGCAGGAGGUGGUGGAUUUGCAGGAUGAGGUGGCGAGGAGGAAUUUUAGGGUGGUGGUGAUUGUGCCGACCGAGGUGGAUCAGGUUGAUUUGUCGGAUGCGAAGAGGGCGAGACGGUGGUUGUAUUUGUGGAGGGGAAAUAGUUAUCAUGCGAAGGAGGCGGGCGGGGAGGUGGAGGGGGAGUGGGAGAAGGUUGAGGUUUGGCCUUGA